UUGUAAACAUUGUUAUUUAUAAAAUGGCUAACAAAAUUGAUAUGUCCCUAGAUGAUAUUAUUAACGCCAAAAGAUUUAGAGGAAGAGGUAGGGGUAGAGGAAAUAGAAGAUUUCUCAAUAAUCCUAGAAAAAAUGUGUCUAACAGAUCUAUGAACGGCAAAUUGCAAACAUCAAAAAAUACAUAUCCGAAAAGAAAAGUUAGUCAACCGAAUGUUUUUUUAUCUGGAGCUAAUUCCUUCGGAGGGACAGGAAAAUUAUUGAUAUCAAAUUUGGAUUUUGGUGUCACUGAUUCUGAUAUUCAAGAACUUUUUGGUGAAUUUGGACCAGUAUUAAGUGCUUCUGUUCAUUAUGACAAGACUGGUAGGUCUCUUCAAACUGCAAACGUUAUAUUUGAAAAAAAACUUGAUGGCUUACAAGCUAUCAAAAAGUAUAACAACAUUCCCUUAGAUGGGCGACCAAUGAAUAUACAGAUGGCUGCAUCCGAAUCCGACAUUAAUAUAACCUCACUCCUUAAUAAUCGAAGUAAUAACUCUGUAUUAAUGCGAACUGGCAACAAUCGACUAAAACGUCUCGACAAUUUUAGCCCCAGGGGUGGAAAUAUGAGAGGUGGGAUGAGACGUGGUAGAAAUCGUGGAUUCAGAGGUGGAUGGAGAAGAGGUUCAACCUAAAAGUGCACUACUGCUAAACUGAAUGCGGAAUUUGAUACUUUUAUUUCUCAAAAAUAUCUUAUGUUAAUUGUUACUUCCAGUCAACAUUUUUUAUUGAAAAUAAUAACAAUCUGUGGGACAGCACUCGGAAGAAGGCGUUUGAGCAUUCAAGUACUAUCCUCUUCAGGCAAAGCAUGUGGCACGGGAAAUCACCAUUAUUUUGCCAAGGUAUUAUGCUUUAUCAUUGAUGAAAUUAACCCUAAUUGCGCAUCUUAAAUAUUGGUAGCGGCUUACAAGAAAUAAUUAAAAUGUCAACAGUUGUAAAUCCACUAACACCUGGUUACAGGCUCAUCUCUAAACCUAAAAAAUGUCAAUUUCUCUCAUUUUGACUAUAUCCCUACAACUAAUGAUCAUUGACGGAGAGAGGAGUUUUACCUAUCUCGGUUCUUUGUUGACAGCAGUGGAAUGCAGAUUAAUUUUUGCAAUAAUUUUAUCACAAAAUUUAAUCGCUUUGAAAGAAAUCCUUUAAUCACGUCAAACCUUUUUUUUUAAUCUAAUUAAAAACAAUUAAUUUUUUUUAAAAUUUGCAUGCAUUUCGCUCGUUCCCAAUUUUCAUUCAUAUCAAUAUACUGUUAAUAUAAAAUUCCACCCUAAAAAUUGCUCUCGAACCCUUUCUUAAUCCUAAAUUCGUAUAGAUUGAAGUCGUCAACAAUAUCCUUCGGUAUAUUGGUUUUUUGUUAAAAUCAACAGAAGUCUAGGGGUCACGUGGGAUUUUUGACUCAUCAAGUUUCAGCCUUAGACCUUUGGAGAUGGAAAACCCCUAAUAAUACUUAUUCUAAUUCUUGUAGACAAAAAAGUUUAUCCUGAGGAGAUGUUUAUGCGAAUAACCCCACUUAUGCAAAUCCUAUUGCUAAUUUAUUAAUUUAAUGGUAACUUAGGAUUUUUUAUUAUCACCUUCAUUGUCACCUUUCAAGAGAAAUACUACCUAUAUGAAUUAUAUAUAGAACCUUGAGAGCCAUUAAUAACUUCUCUCGAAUUCUCCAGCCUCAGCCUUGACAAUCAAAUUAGAUGACGACCUUCAUCCUUUGAAUCAAGCUGUACGUGCUUGGGAUUACACUUGCAUCGAUCAUCUUGCCCGACUAGCUCUAUUUUUGAAGUUGGGAAAUUCAAGAUCUGACUUUUUUUCAUUUCUGUAAUCUGACAUGUUGUUCAUUCGGGUCUCAAGCCCCAAAAAUAUUUAAAAUAAUUGAAGUUUAAUUACAGGCGAAUUGGGAAAGAGUUAUUAUGUUCAUUAAAGAAUAUCGAUUAAAAUUAAAGUCCCAUCCGACUUAAUAUGAAUAGU